GCCUAUAAAGCACCAAAUUUAUUGCAAUAGCUGAACAACGCAGAAGAACAUUCGUCGCCUUCGUCAUUUUGGAAGAAGUUGCAUUAGCUCGUUUCUCGUGUCAGAAAAUUAGUUUUUCCAGUGCAUGAUUGCUGUGAAUUUAAGCCGGUUGUAUAAUUACUCAUUUUACCUGUAAGUAUUGAAAGAUCCGUUAGUAAAAGAACUGCCAGCGCAGAUAAAAAUUUAAUCAAAGUUCAUUUCUAUCAACACCCGAAAUCGCCAUGAGUCUUGUGUGGAGUUUAAUCGCCUCAUUUCUGUACGUGGAAAUAUUCAUUGUGCUGAUGCUGGUUCUGCCGGUGGCCAGUCCCCAGCGAUGGCAACGAUUCUUCAAGUCCCGUUUCCUAGCGAUGCUGAGCAGGCAAGCACAAACCUAUUUUUACCUGCUACUGUUUGUGCUGGUUUUGUUCCUGCUGGAAGCGAUUCGUGAGAUGCGAAAGUACUCGCACAUCGAUCCGGCUGCUGAACAGCACCUGAAUGUCAACAUGCAGCACAGUAUGCGCCUGUUCCGUGCCCAACGUAACUUCUACAUUUCGGGCUUCGCUAUCUUCCUCUCGCUUGUCAUUCGUCGUUUGAUUUCGCUCAUCACAGCCCAGGCUCUGCUACUAGCCCAAUCGGAAGCAUCUAUGAAGCAAGCUCAGAGUGCCACUGCCGCCGCCCGGAGUCUGAUGAGCCAACAGAAGAAAGAAGAAGAAGCUGGAGAUAAGCCGAAACCCUCUGCACCAUCUGAUGAUGAAAUCAAUGUCGACCAGCUGAAGAAACAAGUUGCGGAACUGGAACUUGAAUUAGCUCGUGAACGCAAGGACAAGGAAGCUAUGAAAUCACAAUCGGAAAGUCUCAAUCGCGAGUACGAUCGUCUUACCGAGGAGUACAGCAAACUACAGAAACGAAUCACUAUCACUAGUGCAGAUAAAAGUGACUGAACGAACUUAAGCAUUUUAAUGUUAACAUUUUCGGUUUCCGUCUAAUUUAUAUUAUAGUCGGUACUGCUUUUCUGUUUAUUUCUUUCGACACCAUAUGUUCACCUUUUUUUAUCAUCAAAUCCUAUUUCACAUACAUUUAAGGUUGGCUUUCACAUUUACCGUCAUCCAUAAACACAUUUUUUUGUAAGUGCAUGCGUAUGUUUCCCAACUACAAAUAUGAUCCAUCUACUAAUCAACUGGGGAUUCUGUUAAUAAACUUGUGAAAAAAUGACAUUUGUUCUAUCUGAUACUCAAGUUUGAGAAGUGAUCAAUUUGUGUUUCGAUUUGUAGAACUGGUUUAUUCAAAUACAAUAAAACUUCUUCUAGAAUGUC